AUGCCAAAACGAGGUCGGCGUCAGACCCAGUCAGCUGAAAUCGGGAAAAAGCGUUGGACAAUUGAAGAUUUUCUCCAAAUGGACAGCAGUGACGAUGAUAAUGUUAUUGGCGAUGAAAAAAAUAUCGAUUGGACACAUGAAGAUAUAUUAAGCCAUGUUGGCGAUUUAUUUCAAUUGUGCAAUAACCAGUGCAGUUUUAGAAUGUUAAGUACAUUAUUAUAUAUAACAUUGAGACAUUUCAAUAUUACCUGGCGAGCAAUUGAUAAUUUUAUGUCAGCUGUUGGUGGUAUGAGAUGUUCAGUUGAUCAUAUUGAAUUUUCUGAUAAAAAUGGUGUGAAACAAUCGAUACAUUGCUAUAUUGAACGUGGAUCAAAUAAGAAUAAGAGUAAGGGGCUACUGAAGAUAACCAAAGAAUUAAAUGUCCCAGUACCACCGAAAUGCAAACUGGAUCAAUUAUGUAAUUUACUGGGCCAACAUCCGGCAUUUCAAAAUGUGAGUGGCUUAGUGCUUCGUUUGUUACGUAACGCCUAUGUUAUUGUGUUUGUUUAG